GAGUGUCUCAGAUGUCCACAUGUCCUGCAAAGUGUCCGCAAAAACAGGUCCUCACACUGCCAGCAAGAUUUCCAGGAAGAGUCACAGGAGGUAAGCCUGGAAGGAGGAUAUGUGCUCACAGAUCACUUGAGAUCAGGAGCCCUAGAAGAGCAACGAGAUGCACAGCAACAGCAUCGGUGGCCACAGAAAGCGCACCAGGGACAAAAACAGCAAGCCCCCCACUCAAAGUCAUGAUAGCAGGUGCUCCUGCAGCUGGGAAGGGCACACAGUGUGAGAAAAUUGUAAAAAAGUUUGGACUCGUCCACAUCUCUGCUGGAGACCUCUUGCGAGCUGAGGUGUCGUCGGGUUCUGAGGCAGGCAAAAAGGCAGAGUCUUUCAUGAGCCAGGGGUACCUCGUCCCAAAUGAGCUGGUGGUGGAGAUGGUGAAGAACAGGCUGAGCCAGCAGGACGCGCAGGAAUCUGGAUGGCUCUUGGAUGGGUAUCCGCGCAGCGCUGAGCAGGCCGAGGCUAUCCAGGAGGCAGGCAUCAGGCCAGACGUCUUCAUCCUCAUAGAUGUGUCAGAUGAUGAGCUGGUGGAGAGGGUGACAGGGCGGCGGCUGGACCCAGAGACCAACACGAUCUACCACAUGAAGUUCAAGCCGCCCCCGGACGCCAUUGUGCACCGGCUGGUGCAGCGGAGCGAUGACACUGAGGACAAGCUGCGCAACCGGCUGGCCACCCACCACAAAAACGUGGAGGCGGUCGUCGGGUACUAUAAGGACAUGCUGGUGGAGGUGAACGGGCAGAGGUCAAUGGAUGAGGUAUUUGCAGAGAUUGGUGGCGUGCUGAGCGCGUUCACAGAAGACGAGUCACCGGCACAACAGAGAUGACAUGUUAGUGGGAAUGCAAUAAGUUGCUGCGCAGCAUUUGGCUUUUGUCCUUAAUUAGCGCUUGUGCAGUCAUGGAACAGUGAGAGACACAUGUCACAGUUGAUAUACAAUGCGAAGUUUAUCUCCAUUGAAGAGCACUAAGACAUAUGCCAAUUUUUCACCGAUGGGGGUGCCAUCGGGGAGUAACUUGGAGAAGUGAUUUUUGCAGGUCUGCACUGCUAGGGGUUAUUACAAUCAUGCCGUGCCAGAGAAGUAAUUAAGUACGAUUUAAAACACUUGUCUUCCAUUGUGUUCUAGCGUAUACAUGAUUUGAAGCUGCAGGCACCUCUUGCCCUUGACAGCAAAACAUGUAUAGGCAGCAUCAGAUUUAUCAGUGGACAGUCUGCAAUAACAAGCCCAGCUGCGCCAUGUCAAUCUUCAUGCCACCCUGUGCUGUGCCCUGAGUCCUGACUGCACUUUGCUCAAUUCUUGGGAAGAGUACGAUCUCGCGUCCAUUCUGCGCCUUUGUUUCCGUCCAGCCCUUCUUUUCCUGAAUCAGCUUGGUGAUAGCUGGUCCGUCCAGCAUGAGGCACUCUCCCAGCAGCUGUUUGCUGAAUUUCUGGCAUGUGCUGCUGAUGGCCAGGGCGAUGUAUGCCCUGAUGGCAUCCUGGUAACCCGGCACAGAGGACAAGAUGUCUCUGCAGCUGUCUGCUGCCUGCCAGUAGGCCUGGAAUCUGGCGCCUUCCAAGUGCUGCGUGAGAGCUAUCAAGGCUGCCACAGGCUGCUCCUCCUGAAGGCGUUCUGGUAUCAAGUGCAGCAGCUGCGCAAAGUCAUGGUUUGGCAACUGCAUCUGGGCCUUGAUCAGCACGGUGGCCAUUGCCUGGAUGUUCGCCUUCUCUGGCGCGAAGUUGUACAGGCGGAAUAGGGCCAGAUUGGCAUUCACGUCGUAAGUUCCCUUCUUCACCUGGUCCGACACAUUCUCCUCCAGCUGCGCUAGGCGGUUCGGAUCAUACCCUGCAGCUCCAGUAUAUGUGGCCUGUGCAUCCGCACCCAUCGUUAUUGCUCUGUCUCUGACUCUACUGAUACUAGAUGUACGUAAGAUGCUUGAAUGCCAGGAUUUAAAUU